AUGUGGGCAUCUAUGCCGAUCGAUUGCGUGGAAGGAAUUGGCAAGGCACCGGGGUUGGUUAUGGAGUUCGAGGUGCUCGCUUGCCGGACCUCACAGUCCGCCUCGAAGGUCCGUAUCAUCCUGAAGACUUACUUCAACGUUCAGAAUCAUCUGCUCAUUUGUCCAUCUACAGACAUCAUCCAGACAUAUCGCGACAAAGCACCACGAGCCAAAAUCGUCUUCAACACCGCACCAGACAAUGCCUUGCAAGCAAUCCAGAGGCGAUUUCCACUUUCCAGCAACUGCACUGGCCAUCCAGGAACCGAUCUUGGUUUCGAGAUUUACUGCGACAGCUGUGCAUCAUAG